UAUUAUUUUGGUGAAAAAUAAAAAUGGGAGGUGUCUUCGUGUCUUGUUGUGAGUUGGUAGGUGAGGCCCAAGUGGAGUCACGCCCCUUUCUCGGCACAAGGCUGUCGGCCGUAUAUUUGUACAAUUUUCCCCAAAUUUUGAAUCCACAUGCACAGUCAAAGUUUAGACUCCACAGAAGUCCAAAAAAUCCGCCCUGUUUUCAAUUCAGCCCCACAUCGCCCCCUAAUAAGAUUAACCGUCCAAAAAUUUGGAACUUGACUUUCGAGUAUUCCCGCGGAAUUCCCCGAAAGCAGAUUGGCGGAUCGAAUCCCGCUUUUUUGGGAGCCAAUAGAGAAGUGAGACAACUUCCAGCUGUUGUCUGUGGUUGCUCAUCGUUGCUCAUUAAAGAGAUAAUGAUGAACUUCAAUACUGCUGUUCCGAGGUCCAGACGAAGACUGUCCAUCAAUGAUUGUAUUGGUGAAAUGGCUUCAAAAAUAAUAGCCGACUUUAACUCUGACGAUGCAAACUGCACCAGCGAACUUGAGGUGGAUGAAUCACAAGAGCAAGCUGUUGAAAUGGAGACUACAUUUGAAGCCAAUCAGGCAGACAAGCCUAUUGAUGUAACUGUUGACUGUGCUACUCAGACUGAGGAGGCGAUCUUCACCCAGACUGCUCUUGAAAAUGAGGCAAAAACUCUACUCAAAAAGUCCGUUCUUGAUUCGCGAGCAUUCCGUGGAAAGAAAAGGCAGGCUGGCUACAACAAAUUCAUUGCCUUCAUGAGAGAUCAGUUAAAGCAAAGAAAGUUGUCGCCUGGCAUCAAGCUGGAACGUAAAGUUUUGAGUUCUAUGUGGGCGGCCAUUGAUGAGGACAAUCAGAUGCAGUGGGCCGACUACAAUUAAAGUGAAUAUAUAGUGUCAUAAUUUACAAGGUUUUGCACGUUCUGUGUCCGAGCCUUUCUGUAUAAAUUUGGAGUAUAAUGUCCAAUUUUGUCAGUCCAAUGAGAGAACAGAAAAGUCGGUUUUAUUUCGGAGAGAUUACUUCAUGCGGUGCUAAUUUUUAUUCAGCGCUGGCGGGCGUUUAGUGCAAAUAUAUACAUGCAGCACGGAAUUUGAACAGAAUAUGCGAGGCAGGAUUGACUUCAGAGAGAUGUUUUAUAGCGAGUUUAUUAGGCCCAUUGUCUGCUCGCGCUUUUAUUGAUUUGCGAAGUCAGGCGCUGCUGCCAGUGACACACAACGCAUAUUUGACGACGGGCCAGGAUGUGCCGCCACAAACAGAGAGAGAGAGAGGAGGGUCGCCGGCAUUAUCAAGAUGCAAAUUAAUUACCUUAGUAUGUGCAGUGCUAUAAUGGAAAUCCGCAGAGACGAAAACUUUCCCGCCCUAACUGCACAAGAGUAAAUUACAAACGCCACCCUCAAUUUGACUUAAGCGCGAAUUUGCUAGCUUCAGAUAAUAAUGAUUCUCCUGGGAUGCAUUAGUUAGAUUAAUUAAAAUUUAAGUUUUAAUAGCAGUUGCUGUAAUUUUUUAGUUUUGAGAGUGAAAAAAGCAUUUUUCUCAGCUAAAACUGUUUAUUUUGUGUUCUUGAACUAUUUACGUUUUGUGAUUAAAAAUAAUGAUACGUUUCAUCUUUCCAGUUAAUAUACAGAUAACAAAUAACACGGGAGAUCUGCGCUUCUGAUUGCAAUGACUUCAUAAAUAUAUAAUAUAUUCAGACAGAAAUCCACAUUAGACUACUUUCAUAUUUAAUGACUGGAAGCGACUGAAUCAGAGCCCCUAUGCUAAAAAGCUUGGGUUUCAGAAAGCUGACUAAUCAAUCAAUGUACAAUAUUUGGAAACAAAAUAAUCCUCUAGGAUUUUGUGCUGAAUUUAAAAUAUUGCCAGAUCUAAUAACAACGCAAACAAGCUAAUUUACCUUAAAAUUGAUCGUCAAUGGACAAUUUUAUGUCACUUAUUCACUUGCAAAUCACUGUUUUGUUAUAAUUUUAAAAUAAAUUUUACUGGUUGGUUAUAGAAAAAAGUGAACCAAUUAUCAUAGAAAUUGGUGGAAACCAGUCCCAAAUUAAUUUAUGGUCUUCCAAAAUUCAAUACUUGCAUCCAUCUCAUUUUUAUAAUAAAAUCAUCUCACAGUCAAUUUUGAGGAUCACAAUUAUGGGUAUGUAAAAUCAGAGUCUCACUUUGCCGCCAGCGUUUCCAAGAAGACAAUUUCGAAAGCCUCUUCUAGCAAAAUAGGAAUCCAAUUGUUGGCUUCAAUGGAAGCCCUUCGACCUGAAGCAAGAGCCGAGAAGAAUCCUUUGCAGCUGGUGGAGAGACUGGAUUGAUGCUUGGCAAAGCAGUGGCUCUCCUGCCGACGCAUCCAUCGGAGGCAUUGAUCCAGGGACGUGACUGUCCAAAAGUCGGGACAGCCUUACAAUGUGAGGCACAAAAUCAGGCCCUUGCUGACCAGGGCUAAGAAGACUCUCGUUGUAAUCAGCCACAAAAGCCCAACGGUACCUUUAAUUUUUUUGUAUCGAUUACUUUCAAAUAUAAAGUCAGUAUAACUAAUUACAUUGUGAAUUGGGGAAGCAUUGAAGCAGGCACCGUCAACAUGAGGUCAAGCAGUUUGCACGCUGCGAGCUGAAGGGACAGCCACGCAGGAUGGCCUGAGGGGAGAAAGGCCUUCGUCCAGUGCCCAAGCAGCGUCCAGUUCCGACAAAAGGCGUAGUUGUGAGCUGCAAUGGAAUAUUUUAGAUAUCUCUGAAUUGGGGUCAAUUAUAAAAUGUACUUGUUGAGACAGUUGUCCCUGAGAGGCAUAGAAAUGAAAAAAAUUCAUUAGAAAGAAUAUAAAACAUGGAAACAGCUAGACUACUUUACAAUGAAUUUAUAAAAAAAAGAAACAUUGACUACAAAGAUAAAGUAAAACAUGCGCAAGGUGAAACUUUAUCUAUGAUUAUCUUGUUUUUAAUUUUAUUUGAAUUAAUUUUAUAUUCUGGAAAACUAAAUAACACAAAAUA